CCACAGAUAGCAAUCGAACACCCGCUAACCCUGCACUUAAUCGCGUACGAACAACGCCCUAAACCCGAACCGUCAUCGUCCUCCUUUCUCACUCAUCUUAGAAACAGAUCUCACAGGCUCAACCUCAUCACUCGUCUCUUUGUUCCUCACGGUCAGUACAUUGAAGAAAACCUAGGGUUACAAAUUCCACAAUCUUCACAUUCAUUUCAACCGCUGUUUAUGGCAUCCUCCAGCGGGAUGCAAAGCGCUGUCGAAGACGAAGAUCAAGAAGAGCAGUUUGAACGAUUUGAUGAUUUCACUCUUGCAUCUUCAUGGGAAAGGUUUAUAUCUGAAGUAGAAGCAGUUUGUCGACAAUGGUUGGCUGAUGGUCCAAAAAAUUUGUUGGAAAAAGGUGCUGUUCGUUUGGAUUCUUCAAUGAGCUUAUAUCUAGUGAAGUUUGAGUUGAAGUAUGCUACAAAGAGCUAUUGCAUGGAGUACUACUUUGAAACCAACAAUGAUGGAAAAGUUGCAGAUUGGAGUUGCACUUUGCAUGAUAUGCAGUUGUCUUUUGGGGUGAAGGAAUUUCUGAUGAUUGCACCUCAGAGUGCCAGUGGUGUGGUCCUUGAUGCACCUGAGGCUAGCAAGCUUUUAAGUGCAGUUGCCAUUGCAUUGUCAAAUUGUUCGAGUUUGUGGCCAGCAUUUGUUCCAGUGCAUGAUCCUUCUCGGAAAGCAUACAUUGGUAUCCAGAAUAUGGGAACAAUUUUUACUAGAAGAUUUGAGGCAGAUCGUAUUGGUAGCCAGGUUCCAGUGAAGCUCAUGCAUUUGGAAGGGUUACAUGAAUUAUUUGUUUCAAAGUUUGUCUUCUCCACAUUGGACCUUUCAAUGCAUCUUUUCAAAGUCCAUUUUAGAAUGAAGCUGACCUACAAAACUCUUCCCUAUGAUGACGAUGAAGUACAAGAAAUUGAUGUUGAAAGUACCGAGUCUGGUGAAAAUCCUAGAGGUGACAUCCGCAACAAAACACAAUGGGAUGACGAUUGUCCUUGGAGUGAGUGGUAUUCCGCAGAGGACCCUGUCAAAGGAUUUGACUUGAUUACCAUUUGGUCAGAGAAGACAGUUGAAAGUUCUCUAGAAAUGGCUGAACUGGAGAAUGCUUCACCCCAUGAAGCUGAGAAGUGGUCCAUAUUUCCAAACUUGUCUCCAAAUUUCACGGAUGGGUCCGUUGGAAACACAAUUGCAUUUGCUUCACAAUUGCAUCUUUUGGUGAAUGCGCUGGAUAUGUCUUUUGAGGCUCAAUUUAUGGAAGAUUUUGUGUCAGUUGAAAACUCAGGAUCUGAUAAUUUGAAGUCUUCAGCAGUCAUACCUCCGCCAACUGUUCUUGAUCGUGUGCUUAAAGAUCUCUUUCAUGAGGGAGUGCAGCUCCUUGAUUUCACUGAGCAUAAGAAUUCUCGAGCUAUUAAAGGCGCACCACUUGACUCACUUUUUGCGCAGUUUUGCUUACACUCACUUUGGUUUGGCAACUGCAACAUACGUGCUAUUGCUGUGCUCUGGAUAGAAUUUGUUAGAGAAGUUCGUUGGUGUUGGGAAGAGUCACAAGCUUUACCUCGGAUGCCAACCACUGGUGUGAUUGACUUGUCAACUUGUUUGGUCAACCAGAAACUACACAUGCUUGCAAUAUGCAUUGAGAAGAAUCGUCAACUAACUCAAAAGUUUCAAGAUGGUGAAAACGAAGAUCAUGUUUCUGCUCAAGUUGAGGUAGCUGGUCAGGUCAAUGGAGACUUAUCUCAUACGAGAAUGCCUAGUGAGGAUUUUGUUGGGAAACGAGACAGUGGCUCAAUGUCAGAUGAUUCAUGUCAUCCUGAAACUUCUGUAUCGAGGAUUAAUUCUGAGGCCCAGGAUGUUGUGACAUCUUCUGAUUUAAGGCCUUCAGAUUGUAUCAGGAAGGGAUCAGCUGGUGUUGUGGGUAUGAUGCUUCUAAAAUCAGACCAGAACUUGCAUGUUCCAUUUACGCAGGAUGCACCACUUAUGACAGAAGACAUGCAUGAAGAACGACUCAAUGCUGUAGAAGCCUUGGGUUCUUCAUUUAACUUCUCUGCUCAGUUGGAGAGAGAUAUAUUAUCUUCAGACAUGUCAGCAUUCAAAGCAGCAAAUCCUGCUGCUGUAUUUGAAGAUUUUAUCCGCUGGCAUUCACCUAGAGAUUGGGAGAAUGAUGACUUUGAAGAGAGUGGAGAAGUGUCUACAAAUGAUGCAAUGGAAGCGUUAAAAAACAAUUGGCCUCCUCGAGGACGACUUUCAGAGAGAAUGUCUGAGCAUGGGAAUUUGUGGCGAAAAAUUUGGAAUGAUGCACCUGCUUUGCCAGCUUCUGAGCAGAAGCCACUUUUGGAUCCUAAUCGAGAAGGAGAAAAGGUUCUUCAUUAUUUGGAAACAUUGCGACCGCAUCUACUGCUGGAACAAAUGGUUUGUACUGCCUUCAGAGCUUCAGCUGACACUCUAAACCAGGCAACCUUUGGUGGCUUAAAGCAGAUGGUCACCAAAAUGGGUCAACUUUAUCUUACAAUGGCUUCUACACUGAAGCAUUUGCAAGCAAAUCGUCUCUCUGUCGACAGUGAGAUUACUGAAGACGUGAAACGGCUUUGUGUUGUUUUUGAACAUGUUGAGAAGUUGCUAACUGUUGCAGCUUCUCUUCAUCGUAAGUUUUUGCAAGCACCACGCUUGUCAGAAGUAAUUUUCAGUGACUACUACGAUUUUUACCUACCUACAAUGGGGACAGGCGCAGUGGCAGGCAAUCGUGAUAUGAAGUUUGAUAAGAAGCAACACGUGAGGAUACACGAGAGAGAGGUGGUUGCGAAUAUGUUCACUCCGCCCACUGCCAACCAGUCAUGGAGGAAAGUUUUAAGCAUGGGCAAUCUUCUGAACGGCCACGAACCAGUUGCAAGGGAGAUCAUAUUUUCCGUGCGUGAUAGAGUGAGAGGCAGUUACUAUGCAGCCUCUACCCCAAGAAAUUAUCAAAAAGAAAUAGAAACAAACCGAAUGUAUAUUUGUGGAACCUCAAAUGAUCUCCGAGUAGCACUUUCUGUUGCCUCUUGUGAUUAAUCUCCUCCGGAAAUAUGUAAAUACAUUUAUUCUUCUUUUUGUGUGGAUUUGUUUUAGGUCAUUCCCCAAAUUGUUUACUGAUGAAAUAUAUCGUGGUAUUGUCCAAGCGUGGGUUGGUGCAUUGAGCAUCCCAUUCAAAUGAAUAAAUGCUGUUUUUUUUUUAACAA